AUGGAAGCAUUAAACGGUGACAACAGCAAACCGAGUAUCGAAACCGACUCUUCGCCGAGCCAAUCUACAGCUCCUGAGGAUCAGCCGACACUGCCAGACGAUAAAGAAAAGGAGCCUGAAUACCCAGGCCUGUUUACUGUCGGAGUGAUCAUAGCGGGGCUCUAUCUAGCAGUCUUCCUGGUAGCCCUCGACCAGACCAUCAUUGGCACUGCGAUUCCCAAAAUCACCGAUCAGUUCAAGAGCAUAGAUGAUAUCGGCUGGUGGGGGUCGGCAUACUUCCUCACCUCGACCGCACUGCAGCCGCUGUAUGGUCGUAUCUACCGGACAUUCAGCGUAAAAUGGACUUUCCUUGCCGCCAUCGUGAUUUUUGAACUCGGAUCCUUGGUCUGUGGCGUGGCGCCUUCUAGCCCGGCUCUCAUCAUUGGAAGAGCCAUUGCAGGAGCCGGCGUGGCUGGUAUUUUCUCCGGAGCCUUGGUGAUCAUCGCGUUGUCUGUCCCAUUACCUAAAAGACCAUUAGUCUUCGGUAUGUUCGGGAUGGUAUGGGGUAUUGCGUCGAUUGCAGGUCCUCUGCUCGGAGGAGUAUUUACAGAUAGUAUCUCGUGGAGAUGGUGUUUCUAUAUCAAUCUUCCUAUUGGAGCUAUUUCCAUUGCCGUUGUUCUCUUUGUCCUGAAGCUACCAUCGAAGAACGAGUUCUCUGGAACGUCGGUGCUCAAUCGAAUCAAGCAGCUCGACUUGAUCGGAGCCGCGCUUCUUAUCCCUGCCGUUGUGUGUCUUCUCCUUGCCCUGCAAUGGGGCGGGAACAAAUACCCCUGGAACAACUCCCGGAUCAUCGGUCUGUUCAUCGGGUUCGGCCUCCUCACGAUCAUUUUUGCAUAUUCGCAAAUCAAGCUUGGAGAGCGUGCCACACUCCCACCUCGGAUUCUCAAACAGCGCUCUGUUGCAGCGUCUCUUACAUUUGGCUUGUUCUUCGGGGGCUCUUUCUUCCUUCUCGUGUACUACCUCCCAAUAUUCUUCCAGAGUGUCCGCGGCUCAUCUGCCAUGAAGUCCGGUAUCCAGCUCCUCCCCCUCAUGCUUGCGACAGUGACAUCAUCCGUCAUUGUUGGCGGUCUUGUCACCAUGGCGGGGUACUACACCCCUUUUCUCAUUGUCAGCACUGCAAUCGUUUGCAUUGGUGCAGGUCUCCUCACUACUUAUUCCGUCGACAUCUCCACCUCAAAAUGGAUUGGAUAUCAGAUCCUAACUGGAGCGGGUGUUGGAGCCGGUUUCCAGAUCCCUAUGACGGCUGUACAGACUGUCCUUCCGGCUAAGGAUAUCCCUCUGGGAUCCGCAGCAGUGAUGUUUUUCCAGACGCUCGGGGGCGCGCUAUUCAUCGCUGUUGGUCAGUCUGUGUUCCAAAAUGGGCUGAUCUCGGGUCUCCAGCAGUACGCUCCCACCGUCAAUUCAGCUACAAUCAUCAACGCUGGUGCCACUGAGAUUCGCCAUGUGCUUGAUACUAUAGGGCAGACAGACCAGCUGCACAACGUUAUCCAGGCGUAUAUGAAGGGCCUUGCUAAUACGUAUCGAGUUAGCCUCGCCUUGAUAAUUGUUGCCUUUGUGGCAAGCUGUUUCCUGGAAUGGAAGAGCGUAAAACAUGUGGAUGAGGAGAAGAAAAAUAUGCCUGCUGUAGGGGGGGCUUGA